UUAAAAGCAUACUAAAUAAAAAUGUACGCUAUGAAGGCCACGUUGUGUCUGAGUAUAUUGGCGCUCUACAUGUUGCCCUUUACAAUGGGUCAAGGAACAACUCUGGCAAUAACGCUUCCAGAUUUUCCUAAGCUUGCUGUUUGCAUUGCACCAUUAAGGGAUUUGGUGCUACCACUUGCCACAAAAUUGAUACCACUUGCUGCAGAGCUUUACAAGUGUGUCGAUUUUAAACAGGAAACUAAUCCGGGUUAUAAACUGGCUGUUAUUCUGAAGAAUACCUACAAUUGGUCGAAAAAAGCACUCCUAGAGAAGUUAAGUUGCGCGGAAACACUGGUUAAGAAAGUCUAUGAGGUCGCUAAGCCUAGUCUUGUUAAGUUCGAGGCGAACGAGUGCUGGAAAUUUUUGUAGUGCGUUCGCAGCAUGCGAGUGCAUUCAUGAAUAGGAAACUCCAAUAUUUUCGUAUUCCAGCAAUCACGAAAAUAAAUAAAUACAUUUUUAUAGAAAAUGUGUGUAUCAAAUGAGUUGAAAAUUGUAAA